AUGUGUCUCAUACCUACAGUGAAAGAUGUUGUGGGAAGCGACAAGGUUCUACAACCAACACAGUUGCACAUUCAACUCCUUCACACAAGCCACAAACAUUUAGACUCCGAUGUCAUUUGUGCAUACGUGAAGCUACUAGAGGAGAAAAAUCCAAGGAUCCUAGUAUCAAUGAUUGUGGCAUCAAUACGAAAUACAUUUGGGUAUAUUUCGUCUUAUUACAAGUCCUGUAUGGCCAAACGGAAAGCUAUAACACUACUGUAUGGUGAUUGGGAUCAAUCGUAUAAUGAAUUGCCACAUCUGUUGCACGCAAUGGAAUAUUUCAUCCCAAGGACCAUUGUUCACUCCUACACUUAUCCUGCAACAAAAUUUAAUGGACAAUGUAUCCCUAGGAAGAGAGUUUUUGGAGGCUUAUUUUGGGCUUUCAAGUCACAAAUUGAAGGCUUUCGUUACUACAAACAGAUGGUUCAAGUCGAUAACAUUUUUCUGUACAACUUAUACAAACACAUCCUUAUGAUAGCUGUUGCACAAGAUGGUGACAGAAACAUCUUCCACAUUGCCUUCGUCAUUGUUAAAAAUAAGUCUGAGGAAACGUGGAAUUUCUUUAUGUCAAACUUGCGUUCCCAUCUUGUCACUCAAGAUGGGGUUUGUAUGAUUUCAGACCGUUCACUUGGGUUGUUGGCCACAAUUGACAGACCGGGAAGUAGAUGGUCACCUUCGCAUGUAUUUCUUGCGUAUUGCAUACGGCAUAUUGCUUCAAAUGCUAUGACGAUGUUCAAGAAUAAGAAGAUAAAGAAAGAGAUUAUCAACAUAGGUAACUAUUUUUUCAGGCUACGCAUUACUACAACCGAGCUUCCGUGCAGGACUGAAAAAUUUGAGAAAGUAUGGAGAAGAUGUAUAACUUUGCAGCUGAGAUACCCUGAGAAAGAUUGA